UUCAAAGGUCUUUACCCAGUGGUGCAACUGUCAAAAAAUAAUAAGCAUUUUUAUUUUAUUGUGCACCAAAUAUUAAUAAAAGUGCUGUAUAGUAUAUGAUGGAUACACUACAAUUAUACUCGGUUACUCAUUAACAGCAUCGAGAUGUCUGUUGUUUGUGAAGAAAUAUUUGAUGAAGCGAGUCACCCCUCUGCUGAAGAAAUAAGAGACUAUGCAGUAAAGCUUGGGAUAGAUCCUGAUUCUGAAUCACAUUUACUGCCACUUGCAUCUGAGGGAUUAAUGAAAGCUCUGCCUCCUGGCUGGAAGCCCUGCUAUGAUGAUAAAUCAAAAUCAUACUAUUACUAUAACAAUAUUACGAAGAAGACACAGUGGGAACACCCAUUGGAUGAUAUCUAUAGAACUUUGGUGCAAAAAGCAAGAAAUGAAAGUCAAUCUUUUUCAAUUAACGACCACACAGAAGAUGCAACAUUUGUUAAAGACGAUGAUAUGCCUAGCUUUGAUGAAUCAUUACCGAAGAAGCUUGAACCCUUGCCACUCAGAAGAAAGGAAAUCAGAUUAUCGCCUUUGAAAAUGAGUCCAGUUCCUAGUCCAAAACAUGAGUCUAAACUGCUCAGACAAAGAUCCGAAGAUUGUGGUUUUGUAUCUUCGAAACUAAUAAAAAAAUUUAACAGUUUAGAUGAAGAUAAUAAAAAUGUUGGAACAUUAGACAAGCACCCAAAAGUUCUGGAUAAAUUGGAAUUGAAAGUAUCUGGUGGUGGUUCCAUGUUUUUAAAGUCUAACACAAAGAAGUUAAGUGAAUUAGUUCCUAGUUCAUCUGGAAAAAUUGACAUGCUAGACCUACCGAAAAGUAUUUUACGUGAUAGAAAUAUUUUGGAACACUCACGCAGUAUGGAGUUUGAUAAACUGUCUUUAACUGAGAAGUCUGAGAAAGAUGAUGAAGACAAAAAGAGUGUUAGAUUUAAUCUAGAUAACAAUACAACGGAGAUUGGUACAACGAUAUCAGAAAAAAGCUCUAGUGAGGAUGAUAUUAAUAUAAGUGAUAAGCCAAAGCCAAACGAAAUUAUUAACAUUAAGAUAAGACCCAAUAAUAGCCGGUUUUCAGUUUCACCUGUUGCAGAACCAUUGAGGAGUCUAAAAUUAAUCAAGCCAAACCCAGGGGAUUUUGUUAAGCCAAAACUGACUCUCAGUAAGAGUUCAGACUCAGAUGAGGAUACUAAAAGUCUUGAGAAAUUAGAAUUAAAGGAUAUCAAUGAAUUGUUUGAUAGUGAUGAUUCUAGUCCGGACGAGAAAGAUAAAUUCAAAUUAAACAAGAAAUCUGAAAAGAAGUUAAAUGAUCUGAAAGAGAAAAUUUGGAAGGAUAAAAAUGAAGAACUUUUAGAAUUCAAACGCAGCCUUGAAAGAUCUCAUAAGGAUGAGUUAAACAGAAUUAUGAUGGAAGAAGAGUUAAACUAUGAACAAAAUUUAAAGACCGAAAUGGAUAAAGUUAAGUUAAAGUUAGAUUUAAAAACCAAAGAAGAUAGACUGAAUUUAGAAGGCCAAAUUGAGUUAUUUAAGCAGGAAUUUGAAAGUAAACUUAAAUCCGAAGAAGAAAAACUGAAAGAACACUUUGAACUAAAAAAGGAAGAGUUGGAGAAGUAUUAUGAAGAAAAGCUGGUCGAUAUAGAAAGGGAACUGGCAGACAAAGUAGAAAAAACUAAAGAAGAGAUGGUGGUUAAUCAUAAUGCAAAUGUUGAACAGCUAAAGCAAAAUCAUGCCAUCCUCAUUGAAGACCUCAGAAGGGAAUUCAGAGUUGAAGAACAAAUAAUAAAACAAGAACAUCAAACUCAAAUGGCCACGUUAAUAAAAAAACUUGAAAGCGAAAUGGAAUCUCAGAAAGCAAAGAGUACAAUUGACGAAAGACAGUUUGAAAAACUUCGGUGUGAAAAACGGUUGCUGGAGGACAAGUACAGGUGCCUAAAGGAGAAGUAUUUAAGGCUGAAAACGGACGUUAAAAUAACUAUUGAGAAGCGAAACAAGAGGAAGGAGCAAAGUAGCACGAACACUACUGCCACAAACACAACUGGAUCCGAAACUGAGCCGAGUCAUUCCAACAACAAAGAUAGGUGGGAGCAUUCAGUGACCCCUUUAAAUUCUCCUUCUCGAAAAGUUUUGGAAAAACCCCCGACCCACAGUCACCCAAUAAAGCUAGAAUCAAAACAAACCAAACAGGUGAUCAUUCAAGAUAUAGAUACUUCAUUGAGCGAUAAUUGUUAUCAAAGUGAUGAGAAAACCAAUCAAAAUGAUUCAUCGGACAGCACAAAUCCGGGACGAAGUCGAAAAAAGUCAUUUACCAGGUUAAAAAGUUCGUCUACCUCUAGAAUAAAUUUAAAUUCAAAAUCCAAAAAGGGCCAGCAGCGCUCUUGCUCUCCUGUUGAAAAUUUAAGACGGCAACUGCAGAAACUGGAAGAUUUGGAAGAUCAGUUUCCUCAGAAUUCUCAAUCGGAUACCUAUCACUUGCGAUAUCCAUUUUCUGAUAAUCAAAAAUUUGAGGGCAGUUCCGAGUUGGAGUUUUUCCGACACAGAAUCCAUUUAGAACGUGACUCUAUUAAAAGAGCAAAAGAAAGCUUGAGGACUCAAAAGGCUCUCUUUCAACAAAGGCAAAAAGAGUUAAAAUUGAAACACGGAACUAUGGCUAGGCACACGUUGCAACAGUUAUGCCAGGAAGAAAAAGAGCUGACAGAUAUGGAGGUAAACUUACACAGAACUAGAAGUCUUCUUGGUGAAAAAGUAAUCAGGUUGCGCCAUUUAGAACAAUCACUACAUCGUGCCAAUUCCCAAAAUGAGCAACAGGAUGAGGCAACCUUAAGUGACCUAUCGUCACACAGCGCAAGUUCUGGUAUUAGCUCAACUGAAUUUGGAGAAGGGGUGAACAACUGCAGCAGGGCUCUCUUGAGGGGCGACUUCCAAGAGUCAUCGGAGAUCAUACAAAGUUUAGAAAAUUUAAAUUUUGAAAUAAGAGAAAUUUGGGAUGUACUUCGAACCCAACAGCAACAAUCAAAUAUUGCUCAAGCGAUGCCCUCAUUUAUUUAUCCAGAUUUAGGGUGGCCCGUUCUGGCUGGCACCGCCAGCGUACCUCCCGCCCCACCUUCCAUUCCAACUUUAGCUGAUAGAUUGCACAAUUACCGUCAACAUGUUGCUCUGGCCAAUGCCCAGAGUACUGUUGUAACACACGCUUCGCAGGGCGCCACUACUACCUUAGUCGAAAGAACUAGGAACCUUAGACACUGGUUGCGGCAAACCGGAAUGGAAUCAACUGUUGAUCUCAAUCCAUCGCAAACUAAUCUAUAAACGGGUAGUAUUUUAGGGGUUGGAGAUUUUCUCCAGUUAUUAUUUAUUUAAUCGCGGUGGUUAAGAUGGAAAUUAUGUAGCAUUGCGAUUCUUUUUCAGAUUUGAUGGACGCAUAUAAUGAAAGUUUGUUAUUAAAUAGACAUCAAUGAAAUAUUAAUGCUUAGGGAAUAUUGCAAACUGAGUUGAAAUGAAAUGAUGUGAUGAAAUUGUAAGAAGAACAUUUACUGAAGAGAUAUGAUGAAAAUAAUAAUAUGGCUGAGAAAAUGGAUUGCAAAUAAAUGGUUUUGUAAAAUUUCUAAUAUUGGCCAAAUUCAAUACAAUUUCGAAUACUAUUAUGACGCCCUUCUUACAGCUAUGAAUAUUAGAUUUAAUAAUUGAUCAAGUUAAAUUAUUAAACUAGUGAAAAAUAAUUUUAUAAAAUUGAAUUUUGAAAAUAUCCUUGAAAUAAUUCUCUCUCUAAAACAAGAUUAGAAUUACUGCUGCCUUUUAAAAUUCAUUUUCAGUGGUUGUAGGAAGUACUAAUGAAUAUAAAAAUAUUGUUGAAUUUUAAAGUUUAAAACUAUUAAACAUUAUGCUAUAUAGAAGUUAUAAAAAGUAUAUUAUAGAGUUCUAGCCAUAAUUAACAGUACUCUGAUUGUGUCAUUUUGAAUAUUCUAGUCAAUGAAUAAAUUAAAAUGUUGAUAGCUUUCAUAGUUUGUGGAACAUCAAUGAAAAUUUAAUGCAUUCUGAAUUUUCAAAGCUUUUAACCCAUCCCUUACAAACAGUACCUGCUAAUUUCCCCUAUUUAUGAUAGACUACUGUCUGAAUUUCAAUUACGUAAAGCAAACUUAACAAAUAUAUUCGUGCAAUUACAUUGACAUCUCCCAAUUUUUCUAAAUGAGGUUAUAACAUCGAAAACCAGAUGUGAUUGGAAACUUUUUUUUUUAUUUAGAUAAAUACAUGUGUCAAACAAACGUAAUACAAGAUACAACAUACACGUAACAAAAAAUAGAAUAUAGUGUGUACAAAAUGUAUACAAUAAAUUAUGUUUGCAAAAAUGACUUAAAAAAAUUACUGAUUUUUGUUUGUUUUUGGGCUUUGUAACUUCUACACUUUAUAAUUUAUUUCAUUUUUUUAAGGUGUUCUUCAAAAUAUUGAAUAAGGUAGUUUACUGCGUUCCUUGGUUCUUGAUGACUUGAUUUCGCAAUAAUUAUUCUCAUCAUUAUCACUACUUUUUCAGAACUUUCUUCAGAGGUCUUGUAAAUUAUGUUAUCGUCAUUAAUGAUCUGAUACCCUGCUUCCUUGUGAUCACAUUCUAUCCAGUCCUGUAUUUCUUUAUUGUCUAUUUCUUCCAAACCAUUUAUUUGCAAGGCUAUAGAUGCUAUGUUUUCGACCGAUAGCUCACCUUCAUUUAACUGAUUAUUAUCUCCAAUAACGUGUUCAUCCUCCGUAUCUUCAAUUAAAGUCAUUAUUUUAUAAAAUGGUUCAUUCCAAGCACGAAAUAUAGCAUAUAUUGCCCCUUUCAAAUUUAGGCGUGUUCAAAAUUUCACAAUGUCACGUUCUUCCAUAAGUUGAAGCAUAAGAUCUUUUCUAUAAAGUCUUUUCAUUGUCUCUAUAAUGCCUUGGUCCAUUGGAUGUGCUACGAAUAUGUUUCCAUCUUCUGACUUAAGUUGCUCUACAUUAAGAUACGAUGGCGCAUUGUCCAGUAACAGCCUUUGGUGGAAGAUUAUUUUCUUUUUGAUAAGCUGGAACUUGGUGUAUAAUUUUAAAAAAAAACAGUUUAUAAAUUACUCUAUCCAUCCACGCUCCCUUUUGAUUAUAAUAAUCACUGUUUUUAUAUGUUUAAAAGCCCUCAGAUUUUUGGAUUUUCCAAUAACAGCUAACCUAAGCUUAUGCAUUCCUGAGGCAUUGGCACGUACAAAACUGUUAAACGGUCUUCUGCUUGCUUUGAAACCUAAAAAAAUUUAAAAAACAUUAAAGAAAAUAUGUGUAUGUGUGAAAAGCUAACCUGGCCCACUAGUUCCUGAGCCUGCGGCAAGUGUUCUUUUUGGCAUUGCUUUGAAAUAAAGUCCAGUUUCGUCCCCAUUAUACACUUGCUCAGGUUUUAGGUCGUGCUCCGUCAAAAGAUUUACAAAAUCAUAGCAAAAUUCUACCAUACCUGCUCAUAGCAUCAAGUUGUCGAAAAGUAGACCCUUUAAGUGAUUUUUUACAUUAUUAUUAGCUACAAAGCUCUGUAAUUUGGCUUUUCUCUUUACAAUGUCACGAACUGUUUGUUUUCCAAUGUUAUACUUUUUAGCCAACACAGAAACACAUGUUAUUUUCAAAUUGCCUUAAAAUUUUCAUUUUUUGCUCAAUAUUUAAAACAUUGCAUUUAUGCAUAGCACCAAUACGCUCAACUGUGUGCCUCUGUUUACGGUUAAUUAACUAACCCAAACUAACGAGCCGGUCGAUCAGCACUUAGCAAAUAUAAUAGGUUAAAACAUGGAUUCCCCGACACAAAUUUAGGGAUUUUUCAAAAAGAACGACACAGUGCAUGCAGCGUCCAUUCGCUGCCAACCUCUGACCGUUGGCGACGGAUAAUCCGCGCACAGUUGAUCAAUUUAAAAUGCCGCCCGGAUAAUCGGGGUUCUACUGUAGAUUUUUAUUAAAUGUAAUGAUUAAAUGACACUAAAAACUUUAUCAAUUCUAUAGCCUUAUGAUGGGUAUAAAAUGUUGAUUUAUUAAAAACUAUACUUACUGAUAAAUUACCACCAAGACCAUAAUCAUGUUAAAUACUUCUAUAUAACCCUAUCCAAAAUAAACAGACCACUUAAAAUAAAAUUUUGUUAACAUGAUUUGAGUAUCUGGAUAUUUUGAUUAUAUUAAUAAUUUUGGUUAAGGUGCCUUUUUUAUUUAGGCAGUAUACUCCACCAAUUUAAGACUGAUUUAUACAAAAAAAAUCUUACAACCAACCAACUAUUAGGAUUACCCAAAUCAGGUGGUACUUCCCUUUUUACGCACGCUGUACUUCUACCAGUGCAUAACACUUUGUGUGGAACAAAACUCUUUACUCUUUGAUGUAAACCUUUCUACAACAUUUUACGCGAUGUCUACAUUCCAUGACUGAUUAUUACCUAUUGUGAUAGAUUUUUAACAUAAACUAGUCCCAUUUUUGUUCUUGUGUUUUUUUAAUUUUUAAUAAACAAGAAUCAAUGCUUAUAGUUUGUAAAAAUGUUAAAUUUUAGAUUCAUUUAGAAAAUAAAUACUUAAGAUAAUUGCCGUGCCAGACAUAAUUUGUAAUCUGCAACAUAUAAAUUGUUUUUAAGACGUACCAACCGUUCCAGAUAUAUAUUUGCUUUAGAGAAAACAUAAAAUUCAAACAUUUGGGAUUUGAUUUACAUGUAGUAAAUAUUUUUUAUAUAUGGACUAAAUGAAAUUACAAAUAUCCGGGUUGGUAUAAAUCAUUUGGCACAUGACUAAAUAAUUAUUUUCGAGUGAAAUGGCAAUUAUGAAGCUAUUGAAGAAAAUCUCUGACAAAGGUGUCCUGACAUUUACCGAACCAUAAGGUGACUUAUGACCUCUGUAUUUUAAAAUUGAAACAUAUUUUUUCAAAUUCUUAGGAAAUUAUAGAUGUGUUUCAUUUCCAAUUUAUCUUUUCUAAAAGAAGGCCUAUUCACUGCACUGUGUAUAAUCUUCAAAAAAUAAGAGUAAAAUUUGUUAAGAAAUAUUGAUAUUUUGUAUUUAAUAAGUUAUUUAGAGUUUUACCGAACUCACAUUAACAUAAGGUUAUUCCUUCUUUCUUUCUAUUCAUUGGUAUUAAUUUGUCGUGAAAAAUGAAGGCAAUUAUUAUUAAAGUGAAUAGGUAUUUCUCUUCCAUUUCAUUUUGAGCAUUGUAAUUAAUCAUAAAUUCAAGCAUUCUUCACACUUGAAAAAUAUUGAGUCUGGAAACAAUCUUGAAUAUAAUUUUUCAGCAUAAUCUUCAAACAUUAUAGCAAAUGUUAGUUUUCCAAAAAUUAAUUGAAAUUCUUUGCAGUGGAACAAUCUGUGGUUAUUAGGUUACAUUGACCUCUUAUUUCUACCUACCAAAACAAUUUGUCCACACUUUCUAUGAAAUAUUGCAGAUAACCGCAAGCAACCCGGAAGUUUUCAAAAUGCUUUAUAUGAUGCAGAAAUCUUUUCGCAUACUAUAUUGCUUUAAUAUAUUGCAAAACCUUUUUUUUAUAGAAGCAAUAUUUAUCAUAAAUUAUAGAAUAUUUUUGAAUUUAUUUAAAUCUUCCAAAAUUGUUCAAUAUA